AUGGCUUCUUCAAUUAUGGCUUCUGUGAGUCUCAAACCAACUCCUUUCACUGUUCAGAAAUCUUCAGUGAAAGGACUUCCUUCAAUUUCAAGGCCUUUCAGAGUUGUUGCUAGUGGUAUCAAGAAGAUUAAGACUGACACACCUUAUGGAACUGGUGGUGGCAUGGAUUUGCCUAAUGGACUUGAUGCUUCUGGCAGGAAACAAAAGGGAAAGGGUGUUUACCAGUUUGUAGACAAAUAUGGUGCUAAUGUUGAUGGAUACAGCCCUAUCUACGAGCCCAAGGAAUGGUCUGCCACCGGUGAUGUCUACGCCGGAGGUACGACUGGACUGGCAAUCUGGGCAGUAACUCUAGCUGGUCUUCUAGCUGGAGGGUUCACAUUUGGGACCAUAAGCGAAGUGAAGAAGAAGAACUCUGUCGAAGAAGACGAAAACAUGGCUGACAACGAUACAGACAUUGGCGAUUUGAUUCAGGUUAGUUUGAAUAUCCGUUUAUGCUGCUUGAGUCAAACAUGCAUGUGCAAAAUAUUUAUUAGUUUCGCCUUUGAUUUCAUAUACUUUAAUCUUUUAAUGUUGUCUUCCACCAUGGAGGUGAGUUUGUAA